AAGAAAGAAAAGGGUCCCCCAAGGUAGUCGACCUCCGACGCACAGUCACUGGAUGUAAAAAAAAAAAAAAGACGAACACCAGUUGGUGCAUUUUUUUCAAGUGAGAUCUGAUGUGACUCGAUCCCAGUUAUUGGAGUUUUAAAAUUGCUCCAAUCGACGCCUUUUUCCCGCUUUCUUUACUUGUAAAACUAACGAUUGGGGCAAAUGGCAGAUUUCGGUCAUGAAGAGGUCGAUGGCAUAAAGACCCUUAUCAUUGACAAUUACGAUUCCUAUACCUUUAACCUACUGCAGCUGUGCAGCAAUAUUCACAAUGUAGUUGUGAUUCGCAACGAUCAGUUCCCUUGGGAGUAUUUCAAGAAACAUAUUCUUCCCCACUUUGACAAUAUCAUCAUAUCCCCUGGUCCCGGACGACCGGAACGUACCUCGGACUUUGGUCUCUGCACGCCAUUGUUGGCGGCUCAGCUUGAUCCGCAGAUGCAAGAAUGUCACCGGCCUAUUUUCGGUAUUUGUUUGGGACAUCAAGGCAUGGCGCAUUUGAUGGGUGGAAAGGUCGUUUAUGCCCCUCGAAUCAUGCAUGGACGUUUAUCGCAGAUUCAUGUGCAGAAUCAUACAUAUACCACUUACAAUGACGUCCUUUCUGGUUGUGCCUCGCCUUUUUGGGCAGUAAGGUAUCAUUCGCUCGUCGUCGACCGAGCUUCUUUACCUGCCUCGCUCUUAUUGACGGCUUUCUGCUACGAGGACGACGCCGAUAUGGAAGCUCUGCAGAACGCAACCUAUGUGAUGGAUUCUGUUGAUGAUAAUAGCAAGACCACCGAGGCUCAUCAUCAUCACUACCUUCCUCAACCGGCAACCAAUACAAAUCAUCCAGGUGAAACCGUGACCAUCAUGGGUUUCCAGCAUAAAACGUUGCCAUUAUGGGGCGUCCAAUUUCAUCCCGAAUCCGUUUCGACCGAAUACGGCAUGCUCAUGAUGCGUAACUUUGCUCACGAAACGCGCAGAUGGAUGGAAAAGGUACAACGUCCGUGCUUCAACGUGCCUCUACCACUCGAUAUACUUGAUUGCUCGGCCGCCCUUCCAAAGAUACCAGCCACUCCCGUUACCCCUUCCAUCGAGCCGUAUGAAUUGGUUGUAAAAGCAAGUUGUCCGAGUUGGGUGGACCCAGAGUGCUUUGUGGAAGAAAUGAUUUCCACGCAAUCGCUUUACGGCAUCGAUUUAAAGGCCAUCAGUUGGUUGGAUAGUAGUAGGCGCAAUUCUCCUUAUUCGAAAACCUCGGUGUUAUCCGUUGAUCCCGCUUUUUCACUGACUUAUUCCACUCUUCACCGACAAGUGAAUGUGGCCUCGCGGGACGGGUCGCACCAAUCACAGCUUUUACCGGACACGGAUUCAUUUUUCGACUAUGUCUCUCGGCUGUUGAGACAAUGCGAUGGGGUGCAGUUGUGUUCCCCGCAGGACAAAAUACAGACGCUUCCGUUUUACGGUGGGUUAGCGGGCUAUUUCGGCUAUGAAAUGAAGCGAGAAAGUAUGCAAGGUUACGUGACCCCGAUCGAACAACAAUGUCCGUGCAAGGAUCAUGCAGAAAACCGGCCCCACUGCUGUGCUUGUGCUGAAGAGCCUGAUGCAGCUUUUCAGUUUGUGGAUCGGUUCUGGGUGUUUGAUCACAUCGCUCAUCAAAUCUAUGUUUGCUGUCUGGUACAGAAACAAGAUUCCUCUCAACCUUCUCUGCUGGGACAGAUCGGUUUGAAAAAGGAGGACGCUAUCCAGUGGGUUGAAAAUGCCGAAAAGGCACUUUUGCAUGUAUCGGAAAUGGUGCGUCGCCGCAAACUGGCCAAUGAUUACAUCAGUUUGACCCCGGCGUCCUCUGCCUGCUCUACUCCGUUUCCUCGAGUCGAUCUCAAUCACAUUCCCGGUUCCGAUCUCUUCUCUGCCAACGUCCAACGAUCUUCUUAUCUGGCGGCCAUUGAACGUUGUGUGCAGGAAAUCCAUGAAGGCGAAUCUUACGAAAUUUGUCUGACUACGCGGUUCCGGCUUUCUCUGCCUUUAGAUCUCAGUACGCAAAUGAAGGAUCCCAGUUUAUGGUGGUUUUACACCCGACAUUUAAGAAAGAACAACCCUGCACCUUUUUCGUCAUUGAUGGUGUUCCCCGAUUGCGACCUGGCCUUGUUCAGUUCCAGUCCCGAACGGUUCCUCAAAGUCACGGCGGACCAUGUAGCGGAAAUGAAACCGAUCAAAGGCACCAUGGGUCGCGUCUUGUCGUGUGUUUGUGCCGACCAUGAAUGCGACGGAGCGCAGCAAUGUGAGAUGCGACGCGAGCAGGAAGACGAUCGACGGAAACAAACUCUGUGGCAGGAUGUCAAGGAACGAGCCGAGAAUCUUAUGAUUGUGGAUCUGAUUCGAAACGACCUUGCCCAGGUGUGCGAACCGAGCACCGUCAAUGUGCCGAAAUUGAUGCAUGUGGAAACCUAUGAAAAAGUGCACCAUUUGGUGUCCACUGUUCGUGGCACGUUGCGUCCUCACGUUCACAGCGUAGAGGCUGUGCGCAAAUGCUUCCCUCCCGGAGCGCCAAAAUUGCGAUCUGUUCAACUCUUGGAUCAACUGGAACAGCAUAAACCGCGUGGUGUCUAUUCUGGCUGUCUUGGCUACUUUUCUCUCGAUGGUUCAGCCGACUUUAAUGUCGUCAUUCGAACAGCCGUCGCAGCGACAAAAACCAAUGGAGUGGAAGUGUCUGUGGGUGGCGGUGGUGCCAUCACCUUUUUAUCCAAUCCAGAACAAGAAUGGAAAGAAACACUGCUCAAAACAAAAAGCGUGGCACCGAGUGUCAAGGAAUUUCUCGAAGAACAAUAACUGUCAUACACUUUUUGCGAUUCAUCUGUUGUUUAUAUAUGGUCUUUCUUUCCUUCAUCAUUUCAUUUUUGCAUUUACUGGAAAAAAAUAAAACCUCCUUCUCAUACGCUUUAGACUUCAACAAC